AUGCUCCUAGCGGGUAUCUUUCAGAACGGCUUUGAUUAUCUCAUCCCUGCCAACCUUCUAGGUCAGCUCCUUGUGCUUGACUUUUUCUUUUGGAAUUUGGGCACACCAUUGCAGAAGAGUCAGACUGGAAUGCUCCGGGCUAUUCUCCACAACGCACUCUCCAAGCACCCUGAGCUCAUUCCGUCAACCCUUCCAAAUAUCUACAACAACUGGAAGGAUACUUAUUUGAACGAUAAACCAACCUUUGUGGAGAUGAAAAGAGCAUUGGAAUUCUUCAUGGAGAAAGCCUCACAAUUUUUUAAGAUAUGCAUCUUCAUUGACGGCAUAGACGAGUUGGCCGGUGAGCAUAAGGAGUUAGCUCAGUUAGUUCGAUCUCUCACCAUAAGAAAUGUCAAGGUCGUGGUAUCCAGUCGGCCGAUCAACCCAAGCGUCAAAGUCUUUCGGGGCUGUCCAACCUUGAGAUUGCAAGAUCUUACAAGACACGACAUGGAUCAGUACAUUAGGGGAAAUCUGGUUAAUCACCAGGCUAUGUGUCAAAUGUCGAGAUUUGACCCACAAGUAGCAGGAGGUCUGGUUUCGGAGAUCAAAUUGAAAGCUGAAGGUGUCUUUCUCUGGGUUCGCCUGGUUGUGCGACUUCUCGUAGACGGUCUCGAAGCUGGCGAUUCGGUCAUGGACUUGCAAAGGAAACUUCGUUCACUUCCCAGGGACCUGAAGGACUUGUACCGAAGAAUGUUGUCGAAGAUCCUUCCUGAGUAUCAGGUACAAGCAUCCGAAAUGCUCCAGAUGUUCCAUGUCUGGAAUACCUACACCUCACAUCAACCACUCGGCGUCGUCAACUUUGCAUUUGCUAUGCAUCCCUUAGAUGAGGCGUUUCACCGCCCAGUUGCCCCUCUGAAUUUGGAUCAGUACAUAUGGCUGUAUAACAGUACUGAAGCGCGAAUUCAAAGCCGGUGCUGUGGUCUUCUCGAGGUUGGAAGAGACCGUGGUCCCACUAAUGCUGCCUUGGAUUGGGCCACUGGCGAAGACAAUGAUGGUUCAGCGGUGAGAUAUAUGCAUCGAACAGUUGCUGAAUUCCUCGUCUCUAGCGAGGUAUGGGAAGAGAUGAGUAAAAUGACACAACACUCUGGAUUCAAUCCCGCUUUGAAUCUCUCAUCAGUCUGUCUUUCCAUGCUCAAGUCGGCGAGCAAUAUCACGAUCACAUCGGCAUCGAAGAGAAUGCUUAACAAUUUGAUCAACCUUCUUGGAUCGUCUAUUUGCUUUGAUGGUCGAGUCUUGCCUGAGUAUAUGAAAGGUAUGGGGCCAUCGAUGAUAAAACAUCAGGACCUCUUCAGUCAUCUCUUGGGCGGAGAAGCCUCUCGGGACAAAGAUUGGCUACAGAACUUCCGCUCCGAUGUCGAGAAAGCUAUCAGCAAACAUAGCGCAGAACCAUUCAAAGUAUUGGACAAAAGGCGCCUCCUGGAGCCCCUCUUCGCAGUCCAUAACACAUCGAGUUCAAUAGAUCUUCAUGGUUUGUGUCCUCUCCGGACAAUACAGGCAAUCCGAAUGAAGGUCGCGCUGAGGGUGAAAUUGAAUUUUGGAAUUCAUAUGCUCCUCCUUCCCAUGCACCUCGCCAGUCUUCAGCCUCCUCACAUGGAUCUUUCACCACCCCGAUUCAAUUCCCAGAUACCUGGAGGACUAACAGCCGUGCAAUCCCGUAUCAAGAAGCUACAGAUCGAUUGA